GCCCGAGGGUCGGGCCGGGCCGCCGCGGGUAUGGGAAAGACGAGCGUUUCCUUAUGCCGCCUUUUUCGUGGGCGUUGCAGCGCGAGGCUCUAGCGCCCAGACCAGUGGGGUGAAGGGUGGAUGUAGAACCUUGUGGCGCUUCUCUCCCGUCGCUCGCUCAGGCGCGCCGAGGGCAGUCCCCGGUGUGGGGCGUCCUCGUGACCAGCCAAGAUGGCCGCCCCCGUGGCGAAGGCUGCGCUCGGGUGGACAGGCUUGGCGCUGGGCGUGCGGCCGACCGUGUGCUGGCUUCCAGGGCUCACGCAGGUGCGGUGGAGCCGCUAUGGGCCUGAGUACCGGGAUCCCUUGGUGGAAAAGGACUAUUACCGCAAGCCCGCGGCCGAGCUCACCGAGGAGGAGAAGUAUGAUCGGGAACUCAAGAGGACUCAGCUCAUCAAAGCCGCGCCCGCCGCGAGGACCAGCUCCGUGUUCCAUGACCCCGUCAUCAGCAAAUUCACCAACAUGAUGAUGAAGGAUGGGAACAAGGUCCUGGCCAGGUCCCUCAUGACACAGACCCUGGAAGCCAUCAAGAGGAAGCAGUUUGCCAAGUACCACGCGGCCUCAGCAGAGGAACGCACGAGCAUCGAGCUCAACCCCUAUGUUAUCUUCCACCAGGCGCUGAAGAAUUGCGAGCCUGUGCUGGGGCUCAUAUCUGUCCUCAGAGGCGGACAUUUCUACCAGGUGCCUGUGCCGCUGGCCGACCGCCGACGCCGCUUCCUGGCCAUGAAAUGGAUGAUCACGGAGUGCCGGGAGCGGAAGCACCGGCGGACGCUGAUGCCUGAGAAGCUAUCCCAGGAGCUGCUGGAGGCCUUCCAGAACCAGGGCCCCGUGAUCAAGCGGAAGCAUGACAUGCACAAGAUGGCUGAGGCCAAUCGUGCCCUGGCCCACUACCGCUGGUGGUAGGGAGGCCCAGGAGCCCCGCGCCCUCUACUCUGCCACUUCCAUGGCGAGGGCACCUGUCGGGCAUGG